AUGUCUACAGAUAAAGAAAAUAUGGAUUCAGAUUAUUCAUUUUCAUUGACAACUUUCAGUCCAUCUGGUAAAUUAGUACAAAUCGAACAUGCUUUACACGCUGCUGGUGCUGGUGGUUCUGCUAUCGGUUUAAAAGCAAAGAAUGGAGUUGUUAUUGUAACUGAAAAGAAGUUACAUCCAUUGGUAGAUGUUACAUCAGUACAAAAGAUAGCAUUGAUUACAGAGAAUAUUGGUUUGGUAUAUGCAGGUAUGGGACCAGAUUCACGUGUCUUGAUAAAGAAGGCAAGAAAGGAAGCUGAGAAAUACGAUAAACUCUACAAAGAGAAGAUACCUGUACUCCAAUUGGUUCGUGAGAUCGCCUCGAUCAUGCAGGAAUUCACUCAGUCUGGUGGUGUACGUCCAUUCGGUGUCUCACUGUUGGUUGCCGGUUUCGACGACAAAGGACCACACCUCUAUCAAGUCGAUCCAUCCGGUUCCUAUUUCGCAUGGAAAGCAACUGCUAUUGGUAAGAAUAUGGUUAAUUCAAAGACAUUCUUGGAGAAACGUUAUAGUGAUGAUUUAGAGAUUGAAGAUGCUGUACAGACUGCACUUAUCACUUUGAAGGAAGGCUUUGAGACACAGUUGUUAGAGACAAAUAUGGAGUUGGCUGUUGUCGGUGCCGAUAAGAAGUUUAAGAUUUUAUCUGCAUCCGAAAUAAAAGAUUACCUCGCUAAUUUAUAA